CAUCAAAUGCAACAUCGCAAGCAGUCGGAGUGAGGGGAACAGGUUGAAAAGAGCUGGAGGCUUGUAUAUUCAAAUACUGUUGGUUGCAGUUUGUCGUCGGAUCUAACACGCAAGCUGGUUCAGCAGUUAAAACAUUUAUGAGCUUUCUUAAAAGAGGAAAGCCAUCCUCACCAGGAUUUAGGAGAACCACACAAUAUAUUAGGAAGGGCUCAGUGCAGCGUGGGUGCCCAGGGAUCCACUGCCUGAGUGUGGGGAGAGCAGCGGCCGAAACCCCAGAGACAUGAACCACACCAAGGGUGGCCUGGUCAUCUUCACCGCCAACUCGCACCCCUCUAGCCGUGAGCUGGGCAAGAGGAUUGCAGAGCGGUUAGGGGUGGAGCUUGGUAAGGUGCAGGUGUAUCAGGAAGCUAACAGAGAAACGCGGGUACAGAUCCAGGAGUCGGUGCGAGGCAAAGACGUCUUUGUCAUCCAGACAGUGUCCAAAGAUGUGAACACCACCAUAAUGGAGAUGCUGAUCAUGGUGUACGCAUGCAGGACGUCCUGUGCCAGAAGCAUCACAGGCGUCCUCCCUUACUUCCCCUACAGCAAGCAGUGUAAGAUGAGAAAGAGGGGCUCCAUUGUCUCCAAGCUUAUUGCCUCUAUGAUGUGUAAAGCUGGUCUCACGCACCUGAUCACCAUGGACCUCCAUCAGAAAGAGAUUCAGGGCUUCUUCAACAUCCCGGUGGACAAUCUAAGAGCCUCCCCGUUCCUGCUGCAGUACAUACAGGAAGAGAUCCCUGACUACAGAAAUGCUGUGAUUGUGGCCAAAUCCCCAGCCUCUGCCAAAAGGGCUCAGUCGUUUGCUGAGCGGCUGCGUCUGGGUAUAGCCGUGAUCCACGGUGAAGCCCAGGAUGCAGAGUCAGACCAGGUAGACGGGCGACAUUCCCCACCCACCGUCAAGACCACCGGAGCCAUUCACCCCAGCAUGGAGAUACCAUUGUUGAUCCCUAAAGAGAAGCCACCCAUCACUGUGGUGGGAGAUGUGGGAGGACGCAUCGCCAUCAUAGUGGAUGACAUCAUUGACGACGUGGGCAGUUUUGUGGCAGCAGCAGAGACACUGAAGGAAAGAGGGGCCUAUAAGAUUUUCGUCAUGGCGACGCACGGCAUCCUGUCCUGCGAGGCCCCAAGGUUCAUAGAGGAGUCGGCCAUUGAUGAGGUGGUGGUGACCAACACGAUCCCUCACGAGCUCCAAAAGCUCCAGUGUCCAAAGAUCAAAACGGUGGACAUCAGCAUGAUCCUGUCAGAGGCCAUCCGCCGCAUCCACAACGGAGAGUCCAUGUCCUACCUGUUCCGCAACAUCGGGGUGGACGACUGAACAACCGGUCUCUCUCACACACAGACACGCGUACCAUUUGCCUUUUCAGAUGUAUUCAGAAACAUAGUGGUGAAUGUCAAACACUGAAAUUGCUACAGACACAAGAAUUCCCCUUUCCUUCUUUUAUCCUAACAUUCAGAUUUAAACGCCUUUCCUUUGAGUGCAGCUUAACAUAAAAAAUGACUGAACACAAACGCUAGUUUUGUUUUGUAUCUGUGACCAAACACACACCGAUCAGUGUCUCCAGUGGCUGACUUCUUGUCAAACAGUACACAUCUUUGUCUUUUGGUUUUUUGUACCCUCAUCUCUUUCUGUCUUUAGCCACCUCUCCAUGUUCCUUCGUAUGUGUAUCCAUAGAAAUUAAUGCUGAUGUUAAAUCUUAGCGUUAGAACAUGAUGUUUGCUGGCAUCGAAUGUCUCUUGCAGUACAAUCUCCUUUACCAAUAUUAUCAGAAAGAGAGCCGGUGCCUUCUACAGGACGUACUCGCAACACACGGGCCCUCACUACUCUGACACACAGCUGUGUUUCAGCUAAUAGAGCUAAUUCAUUGUGGCCCUUGUAAUUAAUCCAGGAAUAUGUAGGACCACAGCUAAUUGUGCAGAGUACUGAGUGCAUGAGUCCAUCUCGGUUUUGUUUAUUUAUGUUGUGAGUGAAUGUGCUACUAAUAUAGUUAGAUUAGACUCCUGCCAGAUAGCCAUAUGUCUGCAUGGUUGCCAUAGCAUUUAGAUGCUAAUCUGGUGUCAAAUGUACUAAUUGCUAAACUGAACUGGAAUUGAAACAGGAAAUAUUUUUUCAGUGUGGUUAAUUGGAAGUUAGAAAACAUUGUAUGGCAGCACACUUGUCAAAUACGUCUUCAUCCAUAUAGCAUUGCGUGCCAUUGUUUAAAUGCCUGCUCAUGUUUUUAUUUGUUCAUGCCCCAAACGAGCAGUUCGCUCUCGGCUAGAGGACACCGAUUCAAAAGCAGUCCUCAAAUGGCUCCUUCUUUUAAAAACUUUCAGUUCCACAUUUGAAGUCACUGCAGUUCUAAUUUCUGUUUAGUAUUGGAAGGUUGUGUGUAAUCAUUCGGAGAUGGACAGAUGAAUUCCUUGAUCCUGAGAAUCAGUAUGAAGGAGAAGAGAUGGAUGAAGUUGAACACUUAUGUUUAGUUCAAAAAAAAAAAAAGAUAAAAAGAAAUUUCCAAACUGCAGCUAAAGCAUAGAAAGUUAAUAGAAUUUUUUUUUUUUCUGAUGAGCAAAACUUGACUGAAGCAGGUCUUUGUCACUUUACCAGGUGUGUUCCAAAAAUGUUUUGUAUUUAUUUUGAGCACUUAAUACGAAUAAAUAUGACCUGUGAAGGUAAAGAAU